AUGCAGCUCUUCCGCCUCGUUGCACUUCUCCCGCUGCUCUUCCUGCUCGAAGACGCGAGCGCGUACCGCAAGACCAAGGCGCCGCCGUCGGGCAAUGGCGAAGAGACCAAGUCGAUCAAGACGCUGUACGAAGAGGCGCUCAAGGAAGGCGGCAACCUCGUCGUGUACCACGGCGGCGACACCGCGCAGCAGCAAGACUACGUGGCCGACGCCUUCCGCGCCGCGUUUCCCAAGAUGAACCUCACCAUGGUCGUCGACUACAGCAAGUACCACAACGUGCGCAUCGACAACCAGCUCGAGACGAAUUCGCUUGUCGCGGACUGA